UCAGAGGUCAGAGUUCAUUGAGCGGUCACUGUCAUGGCUGCCUUCACGUAGCAACACAAUGCGUAAAUUUAUGAACAUAGCAAGCGUAAAAUAGCCUGUGAAGUAUGUUAUUGAGACACAUACCAUGUUUCUUUAUAACGGAUAACAGUUGAUCAUAUUAAAUCUAUUGAUGCGGAAUUUAAAAGAAAGCCCGAUUAAAAACGAACUGAGGUCAGCUAGCUAGCUCACUACCUAGCAGUAGUAGGCAAGCUGCAAGGCAGCUGAAGGACAAGAUGUCGGUUGCCUGUGUUCGGUUGCUCAGAAGGCCCAGCGUCGUGCUGGGGACCCGUAGGUACGCGACCCCCAGCCAGAACCCAAGAACUACAGUUCCCAAGGAGCACGGCGGGCCAGUGUUUCAGUACGCAGGCAAGCACAGAAGGCCCAAGGAUAAGGUGUUCGUGUGGGGCUUCAGCUACACGGGAGCCCUGGGGAUUCCCAGCUUUGUGGUUCCUGACAGUGGAAGGAAAAACCCCAGGAAGUACCAGCUCACACCCUACCGGCUGGAGACUGAGCAGAAGAUCUCCUCGGCGGCCUGUGGCUAUGGGUUCACCCUGCUGUCCUCGACCACGCAGGACCUGACCAAAGUGUGGGGGAUGGGCCUGAACAAGGACUCCCAGCUGGGGUUCCAGCGCUCGCAGCGCGACCGCCAAAAGAGUUAUGACUACGUGCUGGAGCCGUCCCCAGUGUCCCUGCCCUUGGCUAGGCCGCAGGAGACUCGGGUGGUCCAGGUGGCCUGUGGGCGUGCCCAUUCCCUGCUGCUCACUGACUCAGAGGGAGUGUUCAGUCUGGGGAACAAUGCUUAUGGACAGUGUGGGAGGAAAAUUGUGGAGGAUGAAAUAUACAGCGGCAGCCACGUCGUUCACAAGAUCGAGGGCUUCGACAGCCGAGUCGUUCAGGUGGCGUGCGGGCAAGAUCACAGUCUGUUCCUGACCGAGACGGGCAAGGUGUACGCCUGUGGGUGGGGGGCGGACGGUCAAACAGGUCAGUGUUCCCCCCCCCCGGCCCCCGCAACUAGUACACAUCUCCCUAAAUCCCCUUUUCACUGCUCUGCAAAACAACAGUGUUCUCACACCCAUGGUGGGAAGAGGACCUCUGGCUCUUUAUGCAAAGAUGCCAGGGAAACAGCCCACGAGCUGGAAGGAUUUGGAGUUUUUUGUCGCAUUCCUGAGAGAUUCGUUUCCCCCGCCGUCCUCUCUCCACAGAUCAGCUCUCCGCGCCUCCUCCCCCUGAAGGGCGUGGGGAGGGUGCAGCAGGCGGCCUGUGGGGGGACACAGGUGGCCGUUUUGAAUGACAAAGGGGAAGUGUUCGUCUGGGGCUACGGCAUCCUGGGAAAAGGGCCUGACCUAUCGGAGUCCAGGACGCCCGAAAUGAUUCCGCCCUCGCUUUUCGGGAAGUCGGAGUUUAACCCCGCGGUGACCGUCACUCGGAUCCACUGCGGCCUCACGCACUUCGCGGCUAUCACAGACCGCGGGGAGCUCUUCGUCUGGGGGAAGAACCUGCGCGGCUGCCUGGGCAUCGGGAAGCGGCAGGACCAGCACUUCCCCUGGCGGGUGACCGUGCCGGGCCAGGUGGUGGACGUGGCCUGCGGGGUGGAUCACAUGGUGGCGCUGGUCCGGUCGCUGAUGUGAGCCGGUCGGCACGGAGCGGCUCCUGCCCCUCCUGCUUUCCCGCGUCGAUCGGUGGGGGAAGCCCCGACGUCCAUCCCGGCGCCCGCUGAAGGGCUUCAGCCUCGGGAGGAAGUGCACAACUUUUUAGCCCUCUGAGCCCGCCCAAAUCCCAGAGCUCUACACCUUCUGGAUGGACGCCUGGCUUUCUGGUCUAAUCUUCAGCGGAAUAAAUGUACUGGAGUUGAAGACCAUCUGAGGUUGGAAUUUGAAAGGGUUUAAUCCCGAUAUUUAGGUCCAGAUUUGGAAUCCCAAAAAAUGUACUGUUCUGUUGGUGCCCUGCUUUUGCCACCUGCACUGGGAGCACAGCAGCAAUUACACACUGCUAGCCUGACAGCGCUGUGUGGGAGAGCUAGCACUUAUCAAAUAAAGACCGACUGCAGCCGUUGACCUGUGAGUACCUGGGGAGCAGCUAGGGUGCAUUUAUGUGGAGGGAACCCAAAGACUGGCUUAACUUAGGCUUCACCCUGCAGGGUAGGGUGGGCUAUCGUGUCUUACUGCUGUGAACUUGCAGAAACUCAGGCUCACACUAGCGAUGACAUCCAGGCUAUAACCGAUAUCUCCACACCAUUCUUCUGAUGUAAAUGUGUACAAUGUGGAUCCACGCUUUGAAGCCAAUAUUGCCUCCAAUCCUUUUGCUCUCUCCUUGCAUUCUGAACUCUACCUUCUGACCACUUCCGUAAGCGUGUAAAAAAAAUUUGAAGUAUGAUCAUCACGGAACCAGCUUGGUCGCAGUUUGAGUCAGUUUGGUGGGGAAGUUUGUAUUCAGUACUAACACCCUGGAAAACCACAGCAGGCCUUGUGGGUAGAGUCGUUUGUGUGUGCUUGUGCAGACAGUUCGACUCACCGUACACACUCGACUGCACCCAACUCCUCGCUACCUGAAGGGAGCCAACCUUGUUAUUUCUUUGAAAAUAAAAUGCAUCGCAAAGUGA